AUGGCAGAAGAGGGAGAACAUCCAAACACAGAGGAACCCAUGAACACCCAAGAGUUACUCAACACUAUGAAUUCAAAGGGUAAUCAACAAGAGGACAAGACUGAUCAUAAUCCACCAGCCCUAGAGAAUGAGAAGAAGAUUAAUGAGAGGAUGAAUAAAAUGGAGAAGAUGAUUAGAAGAGCUCGUAAGAUGGAGGAACUUAUGGACUACGACUCUCUCUCCCUAUUCCCCAAUGCAAAGUUGCCACCCAAGUUCAAGAUGCCAAUCCUAGAUAAGUUUGAUGGGAUCAGUUGCCUAAAGUCCCAUCUAAAGAUGUGGUUCCUUAACCUGGAUGAUGCAAGAGCAAAAAGUUGGGAGGACAUCUGCCAAGAGUUUCACAAGCAAUACAAGUACAAUAUGGAAGUGGAUAUCACAAGGAGGGACCUUGAGACUACCAAGCAAGAGCCAAAAGAAUCCUUCUCUACUUUCAUUACCAAGUGGAGAGCCAAUGUCGCACAAAUGAUGAGUAGGCCAAGUGAGGAAGAGCAGUUAGCCAUGGUUGUAAAGAAUUUAUUGUCUGUAUACCAUAAAGACUUGUUUGCACAAUAUUUUCCCAAUUUUAAAGCUUUAAUUGUUGUUGGAACCCAAAUUGAGGAUGCUAUAAAUAAUAGCACUAUAAAGACUGAUGACCUUCCAAGGUUUAAAAAGAAUGUAGGGUCUAAUUCUGAAGUUGCAGAAAUUUCCAAUAUUCAUAAAAAUGAUCCUUAUCAGUUGAUUGCGUCCAUUGCACCUGUGCAAGUACCCUAA